AACACAGUGGAGGUGACACCACACAGUCUGCGCUGCCUCGACAAUCAUACUUUUGCUCUUCUUAGAAAUGGCCGACGAUACCCCGGUAAAAGCACCGGUCAUAGUGAUCCUCGUAUUUUAUGCACUUGGCAUUUCGACGAUGCUACCAUGGAAUUUCUUCAUAACUGCAGAUAUGUAUUGGCAAUAUAAGUUGAGGAACGUGAGUCUGGGAGAGGAGUGGGAUGCCUCUGACGCUUCCCUCACUCCGCUGCAGAAGUCCUUCAUGCCAACUCUGGUCAUCGUCUCAAACGUCUUCAGUGUGGUGUUCUUCAUCAUCAACUCCGCUGUCGUCAAAAAAGUGCGCGAGGGAGUUCGCAUCCUGGGUUCACUGUCACUGCUGAUGCUGGCCAUGAUACUCAUCACUAUCUUCACCUCCGUCACCACCGACUCAUGGCAGACGACCUUCUUCGUCAUCACCAUGAUCAUCGUGGCUCUCCUUAACAUGUGCACGGCUGUCUUGCAGGGCUCCUUGUACGGUCUGGCUGGCUUGUUCCCGUCUUCCUGCGUCAGUAGUGUCAUAUCCGGCCAGGCCAUCGCUGGGGUGUUCUCCUCGCUGGCUCGCAUCAUCUCCCUCCUGGUGGGGGAGGAACCCGUCACCAGCGCCCUCAUCUUCUUCACCAUUGCCGAUGUUUUCCUCGUCUUCACCAUCGUUGGCUACAUCUUCCUCACUAAAGGGAUGUAUUACAUGAAGGUGAAGAAGGAAGUUGAGAAGAAACUGCUGGAGUCACCACAGGAAGCCAGGAGUGACUAUGCCACUUACGUCGCCGUCUUGAAGAAGGUGUGGCCAAUGGGAACAACUUUGGGUGGGUCUCUGAUUGUAACGUUGAUGAUCUACCCCUCAGUGCUGGUCUAUAUCACCUCAACUUCACCUGAGUCCCGCUGGACUCAAAUCUUCUUCCAGCCCACCAUCACCUUUCUACUCUUCAACCUGAGCGACUGGUGUGGCAGGGAAACACCACGCUGGCUAAAAUGGCCAAGUGAGCGUGGGUGGCAGCUUCACGUUGCUGCUCUCUGUCGUAUCAUCUUCCUGCCGUUGCUGAUGCUGUGUCACGGGACUAACAAGACCUUCCCGACCAUCUUCGCCAACGAUGCUUAUUACAUCCCUCUCCUGAUACUCUUUGCCUUCACCGGUGGCCACUUCGGCACGCUCACCCUCAUCUAUUACCCCUCACGUCUGGAGAGUGAGGAGAUGGAUGUCGGCGGCGCCAUCAUGGGUGCCCUGAUGGGCGUAGGUAUGGUGACCGGGUCUCUCCUUUCCCCGGCAAUGGUGGCCCUCUGGGGCCCCCAGUAGGCCAGCUUGGGGCCCUUCUGGCGAGUAUAAGGACUCAGGUGUUGGCUACAGCCAGAGCUGUUAUUGCCUGUUAAGUCUUGGCUCACUUCUUCCCUUUCUUCUUCCUUACUCCUGGCCUUUUCACUAAUUUCCAAAGCAUUUGAGUUUCUUAAGCGCUCUCUUCUCCUUCCUCUGAGUAAGUAUAGGUAUCUUAUUUUCUCAUUGUUUUUCUCUUCAUUAAUUUAACAAUGGUCUGGCUCUCAAGUGCUCUUUAUGUCUAGUAAUCAAUACAUUCUAAUAUCGCUUUCGUUUUCAUAUCUCUGUCGCUGACUUAUGUCGUGAUCAUUGGACCACAAAGUGCAGGGAGGCAGUGGAGAAGUUCGUGCCAAGAGGCAACAGAAACAACAGGAAAACCAAAGUGAGCCCAUAGUUCACCUAGAGGUGUGGAGAGGCCAAAGCCACAUGUACUAAAGUAUGGAGAAAGUAUAGAAGGCAAAGGACCCAGGAAAACAAGGAGUUAAGCCGCAGAACCAGAAAUGAGUAUGCAUGGAUAAGGAACACAGCGUCAUUAUGAGAAGUACAUAGCAUCAAAAGCCAAAUCUGACCAAAGCUGUCGUACAGCCACAUCAGGAGGAAAACAACGGUCAAGGGCCAGGUAAUCAGGCUGAAGAAGGAAGGAGAAGGGUGAAUGUGAGAAGCUCAGCUCACGAUUUAUGGCGACAGAGAGACUUCCAGCGAACCGAGGUGGCAGGGUGCACCAGCAAGUACUGGACAAACUACACACCACCGAGGAUGAGGUCAAGAAACUGAUAAGGGAACUAGAUGCCUCAAAGGCGGUGGGCCGAGCUAAUAUGAUGCACUGUGUGUGCCACUAACAACAAUCUUCAAUAAAUCUAUAGAAAUAGGGUAACUGCCUGAGGUGUGGAAAACAGCAAAUGUAUUCCCGAUUUUUAAGAAAGAUGAAAAACAGGCUGCACUAAAUUACAGGCCAGUGUCGCUGACAUGUAUACUAUGUAAAAUUAUGAAGAAGGUUAUCAGAAGAGCGGUGGAGCACCUAGAGAGGAACAAGCUCAUACAUGACAACCCUCACGGCUUCAGGAAAAGGAAAUCCGACAUUAUAAACUUAUUAGAGUUCUACAACAAGGUGACAGAAAUAAGACAGGGGAGAG